AUGGCGGCGCCCGUGUGGCGGAGUGUCUCUCGGCGACGGUGGUCGACUGCCCUCCGCACCCCGGGGUUCUCGCCGCCUGCGCCGCGUGAGGCCCACUUGGGCGCUCGGGGGGUGCUGGCGGCGCAGAAGGCGCGGGGACUGUUUAAGGACUUCUUCCCCGAGAGGGGCACGAAGGUGGAACUUCCCGAGCUCUUCGACCGCCGCUCGGCGGGCAGCGGCCCCCAGACCGUCUACUGCGGGUUCGACCCCACAGCCGACUCGUUGCACGUGGGGCACCUGCUAGCGCUGCUGGGGCUGUUCCACUUCCAGCGGGCCGGCCACAACGUGAUCGCGCUGGUGGGGGGCGCCACGGCGCGCCUGGGGGACCCGAGCGGGCGCACCAAGGAACGCGAGGCGCUGGACGCCGAGCGCGUGGGCAGCAACGCGCGCGGCCUGCGGCGCGGUCUGGAGGCCCUGGCCGCGCACCACCGCCAGCUCUUCGCUGACGGCCGCGCCUGGGGCAGCUUCACGGUGCUGGACAACGCGGACUGGUACCGCGAGCAGCACUUGGUGGACUUCCUGGCGGCGGCGGGCGGCCACUUCCGCAUGGGCACGCUGCUCAGCCGGCAGAGCGUGCAGACGCGGCUCCGGAGCCCCGAGGGUAUGAGCCUGGCCGAGUUCUUCUACCAGGUGCUCCAGGCGUACGACUUCUACUACCUUUUCCAGCGGUAUGGCUGCCGCGUCCAGCUGGGCGGGUCCGAUCAGCUGGGUAACAUCACCUCCGGAUACGAGUUCAUCCACAAGUUGACUGGAGAAGACGUUUUCGGAAUCACUGUUCCCCUGAUUACAAGCACAACUGGAGCAAAGUUGGGGAAGUCGGCUGGCAACGCUGUGUGGCUGAACAGGGAGAAGACGUCACCUUUCGAGUUGUAUCAGUUCUUUGUCAGACAGCAAGAUGACUCUGUGGAAAGGUACCUGAAGCUCCUCACUUUCCUCCCUCUUCCUGAGAUUGAGCACCUCAUGCAGCUGCACCUCAAGGAGCCGGAGAAGCGAGGGCCACAGAAGCGACUCGCUGCCGAAGUAACCAAGCUCGUGCACGGCCAGGAAGGACUGGACUCCGCAAAAAGGUGCACCCGGGCCCUCUACCACAGCAGCGUGGACGCGCUGGAAGUCAUGUCUGAUCAGGAGCUGAAAGAGCUGUUCAGAGAAGCCUCCUUUUCGGAACUGGUUCUCGACCCUGGCACGAGCGUCCUCGACACAUGCCGCAAAGCCAACGCCAUCCCCGACGGUCCCCGAGGGUAUCGGAUGAUAGCAGAAGGCGGAGUCAGUAUAAAUCAUAGACAAGUAACAAAUCCGGACAGCGUUUUAGUUGUUGGACAGCAUAUUCUUAAGAAUGGACUUUCAUUACUUAAAAUAGGAAAAAGGAAUUUCUACAUUAUAAAAUGGCUUCAGCUCUGAUGCAGAAGUCCUUCUGAGUGUCCAUCAUUCAUCCUGGAAGGUUGGCUCUAGAAUUUAUACCUUCACGCACAUCCGUCUGCAGAAAUGGAAUGUACUCUAGCCCCCCAGUGUGAGUACCUUCCCAACUUCCACAGGUCGGUUAAUAAAUAAGGUGUUUGUGUAUGACGGGGCAGUUCCUGACAUGCAAAUGUUACUGCCAAGGUUAAUCGCUGUUUACACUUUCACAUUUCACAAAAAACCUCUUUCCCCUCCAACCCUUCCGGCAUGUCCUUUUCAGAGAUGAGGAAGAGUGAGAAAGAGAUAGUGGGAGUAACUGGGGUGGGGGCUGGGGGGUCUCCCACUGGGAUCUCUGGCUCCCUAAUUGUGCUGGUGUUAGCUUGCUCUGAUGCCCAUAUGAGAAAUGUGAAAUCUAGUUGCAGAGACUUGUAAAUCUUCGAUUCUGUUGUCUAGAAAGUAAAUAGUUUUUAAAAAGGAGGAAAGUUUCACAAAGGCACAGUUGGCAGCACAAAUUACAGAAUAGUUCAUUUUUAAAGAAAAAAAUCAGUUCUGUUUAGAAAGUGCCUCAGUUUUUCCUUGCCUGUGUUUCCUUAUAAUUAAAUUUACAUUCAGCCUUGCCCCGUCAGGAGUUAUUCAAGUGGCAAUGUGUUAUAAAUUUGUGAACUCUCAAAUUAGAUAUUAAGUUUCAAUUUUUGUCUCCAAGAUUUCAGAUUGUCUAGUUAUUAAAAACGGAGCUGUACCAACACCUCAGGGCCUUGAGUCUGUCAGCAAAGUCCCAAAACGCCCUACAGUACAAGCUGUGUUUGUUUGAAGCAGAUUUAGAUUUCAAAACACUGGCAAAAGCCUUUCUCUGGGACUAACGCUAGGAGAAUGAACUUACUGACACCUUGACAUCGUUUCGUAUCAGUUUUAUUUACACAGCAAGCACACACAGGCCCCUUACAAUGCCAGUGGCCGUCUCUACAUCCCAGAGCAUCUCUCAGCUUGGGGGCCCCUGGGAGGCUCUCUCGCCCAUGUUCCUCGCCUGCUUUUCUUUGUACAAGUGUGUAGCGCUAGCAGGUGCAUCACCCCUAGUGGUAGGUCUUUAAAGCCAAUAUUUUUAAUCUGAAAUCUAUGAUAUGUUCGGGGAAGUGCACUGGAAGUUUGUUGCCUUAACUAAUUCAAAAAGUCGAUCUAUCAAGAGAGAGUAGCUGGGACCGAGGCUGGGAUCAGGUGAGGCUACCUGGCGGCAGUGAUCUUUGUUUCCUAACCUCCAUGCAUCACGCGUUCUAGUGGGACUGUGUAAACAGACCAGACGGUGUUGUGUCCACCAACAUGGACCUGGUUUUUGCACUCGGGGUCAGCCUCGGGUGUUGUGGCACCAUCAGCUAGCAGAUGUGUGACAUGUUCACCAGCCCUCGUCUGUCAUAACUGAAAAAUGUAUGUUUGUGCCAUUUCCUUGACAUGCUCUAUUAGAGAUGGAGCUGGAUGCCUUAGGGAAUUCAACCCUUAUCUUGAGAUUUAUAAUUUACAUAGAGACUCAUCUGGGGAAUUUUAACAAAACAUGUAAGUAUGUACUCUAAAUGCCACCCCCUAAAUGCAGGUGAGUCUGAGCCACGAGGAGUGUCUAGUCAGGUGUUCUGUAGAGAACAAGGCCCACCAGUGGGCGUGCAGCAAGAGUGACUGUCACCAACUAGGAAGGUGUCAGGUGAGCCACACUUCAUGAUGGGCAAGGUAUUUGGUUUUAAGUCCCACUUUGGUGGAACAGGAAGUCAGCGUCCCAAUUUAAAAAUGUACCUGAAUUCCAUUAUUUGGAAACCAAAAGGAUUUUACCCAGUAGAACCUUUAAAAUCUAAAAGGAACUGGUCUUUAAGUCUUACUAGAAAAUCAAGUCUAGAUGGUUGUUCUAAACACAGGAAAAUAUAAACCGUGCUUCCAGGUUUAUGUAAGAAUGAAAGAUGUUCUCACUUUUAGUGCCCCAGGGAAGGUGACCCUGGGCGUGGAAGGGCUGUGUAGCUGCACAUCCCACACCUCGCACCACUGCCAAGGUUACAGCUCCUGGGCGGUCAUCUUGUUUACCAGCACAUCAGAGGGCGCGGAGAUGCUCAAUGGACGGAGCUGAAGGACAGGUGCGACAGGGCGACUAAGGCGAGGCCGCAGCCAGAGCAGGGGCGCAUGCACUAUAGCCGCAGGCGUGGCCUUCCAGAAGUACCUGGCAGUGGCUUUCACACUACUACAGGUCAUACGGGCAUCUACCCACAGGCAAACUGCUUGUACACAAGAACAGUAACAGCUGUUUUUCAGUUCAAACGAAACUGUCACAAGACAGAUUUGAUAUGUCUUAUAUAUACCGGGAAAAGUUAGAAACAGCCAUUUAUUAUUUGGAUUAAAUUUGUGAUUGGUUCUGCAGGAGUAAAAUUUUCAGUUUAUGGCCAGUCUUUACAUGAGCAGAUACCAUUGCAAUACACAGGAGUUCAUAAAUAAAAUUCUACUCAAGUAGGAGUAACUAGCAAGUUCUGAGUCACAAAGCUCAGUAUCACAUACAUAGUUCUCUUCACCAAAGGUGAGUCUCUCGAAUCUCAGCAAUAAUUUGACUGGCUCCUUGUAAUGCCUGCAUUGGAAAAGAGAAAAAUCAUAGAAGCCCAUGAAGUUAGGAUGUCAAAGGAUCUGAGUUAUGUGGGGGUAAAUGUCUCCAUCUGCACUUUUAUUCCGCCACACCUUCCAAGCACCGCUUGUGCCAUGUCGGGCAGGGCCAGGGCCCCAUGGAUGCUGAGUGCUUGUAGAGAGCCCUGGUCAGAAACACUCCCUGUCUAGGGUGGGGGUUUGCAUCUAUGACCCAGGCAUGAACAAAACCCCAACUCCGUGGAUACCUUUAGCAUGUCAGCGGCUUCUUUCCUGCGCUGGGCCAUGUCCUCAGACUCGGUCAAGAGGUCGUCCAACAGGGACGACUUGUACAGCUGUCCUACCAGCUCACUCUGCAGCGUGUCUUUCACAUGAUUAACCAGAAAGUGCAUCACUGCCUUUGGCACACUGCAAAACAAACCACAGGAUAACCGAGUUUUACAAAUACACGUAUGCCCAGAGGGGGAACCGGCCAGCAGAUGUCCAGUCUGCUCUCAUGUGCAGCACUGACCUGUCUUGAAUGUUCUUUCUGACGAUAAGGAAAUAGGAUUUGAUGAGUCGUUCAAUGACCUCGCAGUCUCGCUGUUCACGGGCAGAGAGUUUACGUGCAACAGGAACCGGCUGAACAGGAGGAGUAUAUUUGUUAAAUGUGGCCACAGAAACAACAUCCAGAAGUUACACUUUAAGUUCCUCAUUAGUCUCUGCCUCACCACAUCCAGCAGAUUCACGGCGUGACCUUUUUGUGGACUGGCUGGCAUGAUUGGAAUUGGCUUUGAUUUUUCUUCGGCUAACAACUCUUCAGCUUUUGAAGUUUUCAGCAUCCCUCUCCAGUUUCCUGUCGUUGGUUCUUGAACAGCAUCUCCAACCCCACCACCUCCAGAUGCAACCUGAAGGAAAAAACAAAAACAAAAACAAAACAAAACAGGUGUUCCAAAACCUAUACAGGCCAUAGAAGAUUUGACAUCAGCCACACAAAGACCAUGUUCGUGGAUAGCGACCAAACAGCCAGUCCCCAUCCAGAGUGUCAUCUACUCAGACAGGGACUGGGUCAGAUGUGGUGGGUGGCAGUGCAGCCUCUGAAGAGGUUUGGAUAUAAUGUAGCAAGGCACUCCUUUCUCUGUCCUCAACCUUUCUCUUCCACUUCUCUAACUAGAUUGUGAAAAAGCGUAAGCUGCUCAAUUAAAGAAACCACAGCUAACAUUCAGAUAAUUUCUUUCAAGAGCCCUUAAAUGCAGAUGAGCCGGGAUCUCAGAGUUCUAUGGAUUCGUGCCUGCACAGUUUACUUUAAUAGUCGACAAAACUGUGCGGGUGAAGGGAGAAGUGCAAUCCUCGCGAUGGAGCGUGAGCUGCCUGUGCUGUGGCACGGGACCUAAACACAAGUGCUCUAUGAGAUUUACUAGUCUUCUGUCUAAAGGAGAAUGUUUAAGUAAAGAACAGUAGUAAUUCUUCACCAUUUAGGAGACAUUUAAAAUGUUCUGAGAACUUACAAUCUGAAAUGGAGAUGACACCCAAAAUUUGUAGAAACAAAAUGGUUUAUGUUAAUAUAACAUGAGACAAUCAUUCUGAGUCAAAACACUGGUGAGAAUUAAUCUAACAUGUGAAGGUGAGAUGUAUCUAAUACAGGCAGCCACCUACACACUGAGUAUACGGAGCCCAUUAAGAACAACAUCAAACGAAACCUAGGGUGCAGAUGUGGUGUGAUGAGUGAAACAAACACUUAAGCAAUGAUUUGGUUGUUUCGCUUAAAAUCUGGGCCCAACAUGCUAUGAACAGACACUUCUAGACCUGGAGUUUUGGAACCUUUCUAGAAAAGGAGUUUGAGUGAUUCUUACUGAGAGCUGACAAAGAACUGACUUUCCCAGUUCCCGUUUGCUUCCCACACCCAAGGUGUUGAGGCACCUGAGGCUACGUAUUAGGGGGCUUGUGCAGACUGGACAGAAGCCUGAGGAAGCUACGGGAGCACAAUGUCCGUCCCUGCGGGGCAGAAUGCAGCGUAGUGAAGAGACACACUCAAGAGUUCCCUUCCCACUGCUGGUGUUUUAGUAGGAAGGAAAAUACCAAAUUCAAAACUGUCCUUCCAGGUAGUGGACCAGUGGGAAAAGCUGUUAUUUGAAAGUCAGUGCAGAGUCACUGCCGUCUCAGGAGGGGCAGUUAGGCAAGAGGAACAUUAAAACGACACAGACAACAGGUUAGAAGUCACUGUACAGACUUUGUGAGAACCAGAGGUACCAGCAUUUCCAUUCUGAAAUAAGACACUCACAUUUUUAGUUUCUCUUCUGCUGUCCUGAAUUAACUGUUAAAAGAUAUGUUAAAACAUGCAGUUUAACAAGCAAAAUUUAAAUAUCAAUGGUUUGAAAUUCAAAAAGCGCAGGAUAUUUCCUCUUUAAGUUACUUUUUUGUGUCUCUUCUAGGUUGCAAGCAAAAGCAUGUCAAUAACUUAGGAAGUACAGUGUAAGAGAAUUUAAAUUUCUAUUAGAUUAAAAUAUAUGACCUUAGGACAUUAUCCCAUAUUAAUAUUCUGCUAUUCAGUGUAUUGUUUCCAGAUGAUUCUAUUGCACCAAACAACUAGGCAUGCAGGCUUAGAUGAAGAAUCACAACAGACCUUGCCAUCAGCCUCAGCAGAAGCAGCAGGGGAGGGCUCCUGGGAGGCAGGUGCCAAAGCACUUGGAACUUUAGAGGACUAAAGGCAAAAAUGCAGGGGGAAAAAAAAAAAAUCAAGGAUGCCAAAAACGCACUCAGAAACAUUCUCUAAAUCUGAAUUUUUGCUCUCUCUCAGAACAUAACAUGAGAAACAAAAGUGAUCACAGGAUAGAAAGUUUGUCCUUGUACUGCUGUACAUGUACUCAGAGGAACACCUGAGAAAAAUCCAAAUGCAAAAACUUGAUCAUUUGGAACUUACUAAGAUAUCUCUAAUCCAGAUCUAAAGGCACAGAUUUUACAUACUGAAAAAUUUUAAUAUAUUCAGCUAG